ACACCCCAGGUAGUAUACUACAUCGAGCAUUCGUCCUGGUGUUUGAGAGUGUAUAUGACGUACAGGCGAAACAUUUGAAAACGUUCAUAUUAUGUCUGGUCAUACAUCCGACGGGGACUGACGACAUGUCCCUGUACUUUGGGACGAUGUACGACAUCGCUCAGGCUGUUGUUAUCGUGGUGCUGUAUUUGGUAGCCAUUUUUGUAGUGAUCAGUGCAAUUCGAGAACGAUGCAAGAAUCGCCGACUAAUAAUUGCACUAGUUGUGAUAGGCAUAUCCAUGCAGACGAUUUAUGUAAUAACUCCUUACUGGACUGGUAUCAAUACACACAACUAUAACAAAGGUGGCGUGUCUACAGACGAUCUUGGUGAAAGUGCAAACACUAACGACCUCAUUUUAACGAAAGAUACAUCUCGUAAACAGGACACUCGAUUGUAUGGAAAUGUGAUUGUUUAUAUGACGUCAGAGGAGGAAUUUGCACAGACAAAAUAUUCAAACGGAGAUACUAAAUUAUUGCAGAUGAAUAAUAAGAAUGACGUUGGAACAACGAAGGCCAGGCUAUUGCGUUAUAAGAAUCUCCGAUGCGCCGACCUCAGAUUAUUGUCACUGGUCCACUGCAGUUUAGUGUUUACAUCCCUAUUGUUAGCUGCAGUCAGACAGAAUGUGCCAGAUAAUCGUCAGACCAUGGUCAGAUGUGUUGUGUUGGUAUACGGUGCCAUUUUGACAGUUAUUAUUGCCAUUCUGUACGCGUUUAGAACGUCUAACAAUACCGACAUAUUAUCAUUUGGACCCCUCGCGAUAAACUUCCAGCUUGUUGUUUGCUCACAGGACGCCUUGGAACAGUUUCUGCCCAUUUUCCUCGAGACAGUGUGUCUAUUUGGACCGUGCGUCGGCAUGCUUUUGGUGGCUCUUUACAGAAAAACAGGGCAUAACCAGGGGAAAGCAGAUAGACGAUUCAAUGUUUUUCAAGAAUGUCGAGCAGAACACGAGGAGGACUGUAUGGCAUGCAGUGGAAUGAAUGAUAUCCUCGCCACUAUUCUUGUGUUUAUCGUUGUCGUCCUUUUCACCGCCCGUUCUAUACACUACAUAUACACCUACGUAACACACGGCCAGUUUUACGAUAUUUGGAUCAUCGCUUGUGUCAUGGUAAUUUGUUCUACCAUUUCGUUGAACAAUGUUUUCAAUAUGUUUUCUCCUAAGUUAAACAGCAAAGACAGUAUUGUCAUCGAGGAGAAAUCCUCGCUUAGGGAAACGAAAAAUAACAUUUUAUAAAGGUUUGCUUUUCUCUUGUGCAGUUCAUAGUCAGUAUCAUAUAUGGAAAUCAUUCAGCAAAGCAGAGGUCUCAGAGCAAAGUAAAAAAAAAAAAA